CAUGGCCAAGCCCCCCGACAAAGUUCCCAUCGCCCUGGUGGGGCCCGACGACGUCGAGUUUUGCGGUCCCCCGGCCUACGCCACAGUGACGGUGAAGCCCUCCAGCCCCGCGCGGCUCCUCAAGGUCGGGGCCGUGGUCCUCAUUUCUGGAGCGGUGCUGCUGCUCUUCGGGGCCAUCGGGGCCUUCUACUUAUGGAAGGGGAGCGACAAUCACAUUUACAACGUCCAUUACACCAUGAGUAUCAAUGGGAAAUUACAAGAUGGGUCAAUGGAAAUAGAUGCUAGGAACAACUUGGAGACCUUUAAAAUGGGAAGUGGAGCUGAAGAAGCCAUUGAAGUUAAUGACUUCCAGAACGGCAUCACAGGGAUCCGUUUUGCUGGGGGAGAGAAGUGCUACAUCAAGGCGCAGGUGAAGGCUCGCGUCCCUGAGGUGGGCACCGUGACCCAACAGAGCAUCUCUUCGGAACUGGAAGGCAAGAUCAUGCCCGUGAAACACGAAGAGGAGGCUCUAGUCUGGGUGGCCGUGGGGCAGCCUGUCCAGGACAACAGCUUUUUGAGCGCAAGAGUCUUAGAACUCUGCGGCGACCUUCCGAUUUUCUGGCUUAAACCAACAUAUCCAAAAGAAAUUUUUGCAGAAAUCCAGAGAGAAAGAAGAGAGGUGGUGAGAAAAACUGUUCCCACCACCACAAAGAGACCGCACAGUGGCCCCCGGGGCAACCCAGGUCCCGCAAGAAUGAGGAACGACAGCCGACCCAGCGUUCAAGAGGACUCGGAACCCUUCAACCCCGAUAACCCCUACCACCAGCAGGAAGGGGAAAGCAUGACAUUCGACCCUAGACUGGAUCAUGAAGGAAUCUGCUGUAUAGAGUGCAGGCGGAGCUACACCCACUGCCAGAAGAUCUGUGAACCCCUGGGGGGCUACAACCCAUGGCCUUACAAUUACCAAGGUUGCCGUUCGGCCUGCAGAGUUGUCAUGCCAUGCAGCUGGUGGGUUGCCCGGAUCUUGGGCAUGGUGUGAAGUCACUUUGCGUAUCAGGUGCUGUAAAGAGGGAACUCAAGAGACAACCAAAGAAGCAUGAGACAUGUUGAUGCUGAAGGGACCACGAAGUGUUUUAUACUCACCCUGAGCAAUGUUAUUCUAGACAUUUUUAAGAGUUUUUCUCAACUGCUUUCCAAAUCUUUAGUUUAUGCAAAUAUAUUGAAAGGCUGAUUAAAGUCUAAAGUGCCAUAAUCCUUUAUUCACUACUUUUCAAUUGCUUUGUUUUGCCAAUAGGUUGGCUUAUAAAUCUUGCUAAACUAUUUUGAAAUAAAUAUGAAAAUUUUAACAAUU